UGUUGUUGUGUCCUCGGGUGUGGACAUCACUGGAAAAUGGCCGGGUGUCUUCUUGGCCCCUGGGGCCCCCAGUGGAGGGGACAGUGCUGCACUACAGUUGCCUACCCGGGUUCAUCCUCAUGGGCCGAAACUCAACGCAGUGCAACAAGAUGGGCAAAUGGGACACGCCCAAACCCGUGUGUCACUAUGAUCGGCACUACAAAGGAAAGAAGAAGCUCUACAUUGGAGCGCUCUUCCCCAUGAGCGGAGGCUGGCCCGGAGGACAAGCCUGCCUCCCCGCCGCUCAGAUGGCCCUCGACCUGGUGAAUAACAGGAGCGACAUACUGCCGGACUACGAACUGGAGCUGAUACACUAUGACAGUAUGUGUGAUCCAGGUGAGGCCACCAAGCUCCUGUACGACCUCCUGUACACGGAGCCCAUUAAAAUCGUGCUGAUGCCGGGCUGCAGCUCUGUGUCCACGCUGGUGGCCGAGGCCGCGCGGAUGUGGAACCUCAUAGUGUUGUCGUAUGGCUCCAGCUCUCCAGCUCUGUCCAACCGCCAGCGCUUUCCCACCUUCUUCCGAACUCAUCCGUCGGCCACGCUGCACAACCCCACCCGAGUGCAGCUAUUCCAGAAGUGGAAAUGGACCAAGAUUGCCACCAUUCAGCAAACGACGGAAGUUUUUACAUCAACUCUGGAUGAUCUGGAGGAGAGGGUGAAGGAGGCAGGCAUUGAAAUCAGCGUUCGCCAGAGCUUCCUCACUGACCCUGCUGUGGCUGUCAAAAACCUCAAGCGCCAAGAUGCCCGAAUUAUCGUUGGCUUGUUCUACGAGACGGAAGCCAGGAAGGUCUUCUGUGAGGUCUACAAGGAGAAGCUGUAUGGGAAAAAGUACGUGUGGUUCCUCAUCGGCUGGUACGCAGACAACUGGUUCAAGAUCAAGGACCCGUCCAUCAACUGCACCGUGGAGCAGAUGACGGAGGCUGUGGAGGGUCACGUGACCACGGAGAUCGUCAUGCUCAACCCAGAGACGGUGCGAGGAGCCUCCAACCUGACCUCUCAGGAGUUUCUAGCCCAGCUGAUGUCUAAACUUGGGGGGAAAAACCCAGAGGAGACAGGCGGUUUCCAGGAGGCCCCGCUGGCCUACGACGCCGUGUGGGCUCUAGCCUUGGCCCUCAACAAGACCGUGGGGCCCCUGAAGGCCAAGGGUCACCGGCUGGAGGACUUCAACUACAACAACCGACAUAUCACCGCAGAAAUCUACCGAGCUAUGAACACCAGCUCCUUCGAAGGAGUGUCGGGUCACGUAGUAUUUGACGCUCAAGGUUCCCGAAUGGCCUGGACUCUUAUUGAACAGCUCCAAGGAGGCAGCUAUAAGAAGAUUGGAUACUACGACAGCACUAAAGGCAAUCUGUCCUGGUAUGGGAAUGACAAGUGGAUCGGCUCGGGACCCCCUGCUGACCAGACGGUGGUUAUCGAGGAAUUUCGCUACCUGUCCCAGAAGCUCUUUGUGUCUGUGUCUGUCUUUGCUGGGUUAGGAAUCUUACUGGGAAUCAUCUGCCUCACCUUCAACAUCUACAACAGCAAUGUCAGGUACAUUCAGAACUCUCAGCCCUACCUUAACAACAUGACUGCAGUGGGCUGCAUGAUGGCUCUGGCUGCUGUCUUCCCUUUGGGCAUCGAUGGCCUUCACGUCCACAGGAGGAAGUUCCCUGUAGUCUGCCAGUUCCGCCUGUGGCUGCUCGGUCUGGGCUUCAGCCUCGCGUACGGCAGCAUGUUCACCAAGAUCUGGUGGGUCCACACCGUGUUCACCAAGAAGGAUGAGAAGAAGGACAAGAGGAAGCACCUGGAACCAUGGAAACUCUACGCCACUGUCGGCGUUCUGCUCGGCAUCGACAUCCUGUCUCUCAUGAUCUGGCAGAUUGUGGAUCCUCUGCAUAUCACGGUGGAGAAAUUCACCAGAGAAGCCCCCAAAGGAGACCUGGAUGUUUUGAUUCAGCCUUUACUGGAGCACUGCAGCUCGGAAAAGAUGAACACCUGGCUGGGUGUGGUGUAUGGUUAUAAAGGCUUACUGCUGCUGCUCGGCAUCUUCCUGGCCUACGAGACCAAGUCCAUCUCCACGGAGAAGAUCAAUGACCACCGAGCCGUGGGCAUGGCCAUCUAUAACGUAGCUGUGCUGUGUAUGAUCACAGCUCCGGUCACCAUGAUCCUGUCCUCCCAGCAGGACGCCUCCUUCGCCUUUGCCUCCUUGGCCAUCGUCUUCUCGGUCUACAUCACCCUGGUGGUUCUGUUCGUCCCCAAGAUGCGGCGCCUGAUCACUCGGGGUGAAUGGCAGUCCGAUGCCCAGGAGACCAUGAAGACCGGUUCAUCCACGAACAACAAUGACGAGGAGAAGUCCAGACAGCUGGAGAGAGAGAACAAGGAGCUGCAAAAGAUCAUCCAGGAGAAAGAAGAGCGUGUGUCGGAGCUGAGGAACCAGCUGUCUGAGCGACAGGCCCUGCGAUCCAGAAGAAGAGCAUCCACCGUCACCAAUCAGAACCACAGCCCCCCGCCCCUCGCCAUCCCCCACAGUGACCCCAGGUCCCUGGCCCCUCCUCCGGGGUACCCCGCCCCCACCUCUGACCCCCACCCUGUCCCUCCAUCCUUCGCCAACUCGUCCAGCCUCUACCAGCCGGACAGCAAGAUUAGCCGAAAUAACUGCCACACCAGCCGGCUACAGCUGCUCUACAAGUGAGAUGGUGGUGAACAGUGGCGGGGUGAGGACAGUAAUGACGAUUAUAGGUGGAGAAGAUGAAGUAAAAACACCAGUCUGAAUAAUAAAUGUUGGAGGAGCUGACUCCAAAACUCAUUCCACCAAUCAGCAAGGGCGGGAGGAUGACCAGUGGAAAGGUUAACAUCGAAAAAAAUCUUCUGUGAGGAUUUGCAUCUCCACUUCUUUCCCUCUUUCAGAGUUGAUCAAUGUGUUAUUUUUCUUUUCUCUCCGAGAAAAAAAAAAAGAUGUACAUACAUCUUGUUAAUUAUAACAUGUUGCAUCUGUCAUCCUCCAGUGAUUUAUCAUGUGCCAUCUAGAGUUGGAGAAAAAAAAUCCUCCAUAUUUAACCAUUUGCUCAGCCCUAACCCCAUCAGCUACAGCCACCAAACCUGUCAAGUUUUCCAUUUUAACACUGCACAUAGGAGCAACGGUGGUGGAUUUACCAUCCAAAUUCAUGUCUGAAACAAAAGAAGGCGA